GCGGCGUGAGAUCCGCGCCCGUCGGGGGCUGCGCGGGCUGGGCCAGCGUCCACUCCCUGCGGGCGAAGGCACUCCUUUCCCUACCAGGUUUAGGAGCCCGGAGCCGGCCUCACCUGUUGUCCUUGUGCCGUGGAGCCGGAAGGGGCGGUGUGAUCGGGGUCGGGGACUGAGAGGAGACUACUUCUUCCGGCCCUGAGGAGGGUACCAGAGCCGACCGUCCCCCCGACGUGGGGGACGUAGGAAGAGGUCUCCUCUGGAUCAGGGGGGAACUGAUCGCCUCUGGGCGUGUGGGAGUCGGGCCAGACGACUCGCCCUGGGCGUUCUCCCUCUGAUGGAGCCGCUUCUGAGCAGAGGCAAGUGAGCCCCUAGGCGUAGUCCUCAUGGUCCUCCCCUCUCGACUUCGGUUUUCUCAGGACUCUGCUCACUCUUACGAGAGACACACUGAAGAGGAGGAAAGUAUGGCCUCCAGGCUUCCGACGGCCUGGCCCUGUGAACCAGUGACCUAUGAAGAUGUAACACUGGGUUUUACCCCGGAGGAGUGGGGACUGCUGGACGUCAAACAGAAGUCCCUGUACAGGGAAGUGAUGCUGGAGAACUACAGGAACCUGGUCUCAGUUGAGCAUCAGCUUUCCAAACCAAAUGUGGUGUCUCAGUUAGAAGAGGCAGAAGACUUCUGGCCGGUGGGGAGAGGAAUUCUUCAAGACCCCUUUCCAGAAUGUUCUGAGACUCAGCUAGACUCUCAAAUUGAUCUUCCUGCUGAGAAUCCCCUGACAAAGAUCAAGGUUGUUGAGGUCCUCACACUGAACCAGGAAGUGGCUGGUCCCCGGAAUGCCCAGAUCCAGGCUCUCUAUGCUGAAGACGGAGGCCUGAGCCCAGAUGCCCUCAAGAAGCCAGGCAACCAUCCAGCCGACCCAGAGACUGCUCACCAGAGGUUCCGGCAGUUCCGUUAUGAGGAAGCAUCUGGUCCCCAGGAGGCCCUGGCCCGGCUCCGAGAGCUGUGUCACCAGUGGCUGCAGCCUGAAGCACACUCCAAAGAGCAGAUCCUUGAGCUACUGGUGCUGGAACAGUUUCUGGGUGCACUGCCAGGGAAGCUGCGGACGUGGGUGGAGUUGCAGCACCCAAAGGACUGCCAGGAGGUGGUGGCCCUGCUGGGUGAUGUGACCUGGAGAGCCAACGAGGAAGCACUGCCUGCCCCAGGAUCUGUCUGCUCUCUUGAGGUCACUGCUGAACAGAAGGAGGAGAAUACAGCCAUAGUGGUGCUACUGCCUGAGGAGCCGGUGACCUUCCAGGAUGUGGCUGUGGACUUUAGCCAGGAGGAGUGGAGGAUGCUGGACCCAACAGAGAGAACUGAAUACCAUGAUGUGAUGCUGGAAACGUUUGAGCACCUGGUCUCUGUGGGGUGGGAGACUACACUGGGAAACAAGCAGUUAAUUCAAAAAUCUGAUAUUCCUGAGGAAGAAGCAGGUCAUGACCUCAAAGUGGAAGAAUUCUCAAGAAAUGACACUGGGUCCUCUACCCCAGAAGAUGUCUUGCAGGAUGGGGUCCCCGAAGUCCUAGACAGGGCAUUGGAGCAAGUGGAAUUCACUCAGGAGAAAGUCCUCCCUCAGGAACAGCACCGCGAAAGCCCUGAAUCUCAGGUAGGCACAGAUCUUGACAUGAGCCAAGCUUCUCUCCAGAAAACUCCUCCUAGAAAACGUUUGCGCAAACGUGUCUCAUGGGUUUCGAACAUGACGAGUAAUUCACAGAAGAGCUGUGAGAGGGAAAAGGCCAAGAAAAGCAGUGGUGCUAAGAAAACCAGCCAGAACGCUCAGCAGAUUACAUUUAUAAGACUUCACAAAGGGAGCCAAAUUUGCCGGUGCAGUGAAUGUGGCAAAAUGUUCCGGAAUCCCAGAUACUUUUCUGUACAUAAAAAAAUCCAUACAGGAGAGAGGCCCUAUGUGUGUCAGAUCUGUGGGAAAGCGUUUGUUCAGAGCUCCUCCCUCACACAGCAUCAGAGAAUUCAUAGUGGUGAAAGACCAUUUGAAUGUAAGGAGUGUGGAAGGACGUUCAAUGAUCGCUCAGCCAUCUCGCAGCACCUGAGAACGCACACUGGAGCGAAGCCCUACCAGUGUAAGGACUGCGGAAAAGCCUUCCGGCAGAGCUCGCACCUCAUCAGGCAUCAGAGGACUCACACUGGAGAGCGCCCAUAUGUGUGCAGCAGGUGUGGAAAGGCCUUCACCCAAAGCUCACAUCUCAUUGGGCAUCACAAAACGCACAGUAGGAUGAAGUGGAAGAAGAAAGAGCGCACCUCAUAGUCUCAAGCCAGCUUGAUCGGACAGUGCAGUGCACAGGCCUGGUUGUGAUUCAGGACUCAGUGGGAAAGGGAAGCACUGGAGGAGGACAUUCCCAAGACCAAAGGACAAAACGAGGAGACCACCCAGCCCAUGGGGAGUAAACAAGAAAACUGGGGAAAUAGUAAUACAUCUAUCAAUAGGAGCAAAAGUUUUAAUUUCUUAAUUAAGUUGUUAUUUGUUUGCUCAUUCAUUUGAUCAUUAAAAAUGAUAUUACUGAAAUAUGAAAACGCUAAUAAUUUUAAGAAGCCAGAUACCAAGUUAUCUGUGCCCUGAUGGUUAUAUCUGUGGUAAAGUAUUUAUUAUAGAUGGAUAAGGACUAAAAAAGAAUGUAGGGCCGGUGCUGUGACUUGCAGUGCCAGCAUCCCAUAUGGGUGCCAGUUCAAGUCCCAGCUGCUCCAAUUCUGAACCAGCUCUCUGCUGUGGCCUGGGAAAGCAGUAGAAGAUGGCCCAAGUCCUUGGGCCCCGCACCUACAUGGGAGACCAGAAGAAGCUCCUGGCUCCUGGCUUUGGAUCAGCACAGCUCCGGCCAUUGUGGAUAUCUGUCUGCCUCUGCCUUUCAAAUAAAUAAAUAAAUCUUUAAAAAAAAAGAAUAUAGAAAAUAAAAGUAUAUAUUUUGGUGUAGAA